GAAUUACGGCGCCUCCACUUUUUUAUUAUUCCAGUUUAGACUCCAGAAGUCUGCGAGUGCUUAAUGGUUUCCAAAUAGUUUAAACUCCUCUGAUCAUGAGUGAAAACGUUGAUUCAACAGAAGGAGCCGAGAUAUCAGCUGGGUCGGAAGUCCGGAUCAACCGAAGAAACUUUCCCACCAACUUGUGGCAUUUGGUGAAUGAUCCUCAGAUUUGUUCAAUCUGCUGGGAUGACAGUGGAGAAGGAAUCCUGAUCUGUCCGGACGCCUUCAAAGCUGAAGUGUUAUCUACAGUCAAAAAUCAGAUGAACAAGUACUUCAAAACAACAAAUUUCAUCAGUUUUGUUCGCCAGCUGAACCUGUACGGCUUCAGAAAAGUUUGCCCAGACUAUGAGAUCUCACUGAAGCAAGUCAGCCUCAUACAGCACUUUUUCAACCCGAACUUCAAACGGGCAAACCCAGAGCUUCUGGUCAACCUAAAGCGGCUCACACCUGCCAACAAGGCAAAGCUUGCCUCUGGGCAACAAGUGUCCAGACAGUCAAGACCUUUCCAUCAGAUGCUGAAUUCACCUGAGAACUCUGCUGUGGUCGGCACAGAUUUAUCUGAGCAUCAAGGAACUACUGAUCACAUGUACUCUCAGCAGGUUAAGGGGUCUGAUACAAAACCCCAAACCUCCCAGGUAUUUGUAGCAGGUCAUGAUGAUUCAAGCUCUGAGUUCUGUCACUUCCAGAUGGAUUUCCCAUGUGUAGAUCCAUCCAGUCCAAUGCAAAAGGUCUCAUAUUGUUCAGUUCCUGAUGGGAAUUUCAGUGCAUAUUCCUCACCAUGCAGCUUUUCCGCACCAGUGAAUCAUUGCGGUAUCCCAGACUUCUUGGAUUCCAAAAUGCCCUGCUCCCAACAAGAUGUUGCCUCCACUCAUUGUGGCUAUUAUACUGACUACUCAUUUAGCCACCUCCAGUACACUGACCAGGAUCCAAGCUGGCAAUCAGCUGAUGCUCCAGAUCCCAGGAAGAGUCACAUGAACAAGGGCACUGUAUUUAAUGCAGAAGAUGAAAUGCAGGUUGCUGGUUUCUUCACUUUGCCCACCAAUGACCUGUCAUUGUGAAGACAGUAAAUGAUCAAAGACACCUUUUUAUUUCCUGAAUCAUUUAUUUAAUAAAAAAGACAUGAAACAUG